CCCAGAUAUUUAGCGGCAAACGAGGCCACGCCCUAGAUCGGAAGUGACGGAGAAGAGCUAGCGCGUCGAAGCUACCUCUAUGGUUUUCCUCUCGUUCUUGAGUCGGGAGAUGGCCGCUGUGUGGUUACAACGGAGGUAAAUCCUGAGAACCGUGCUUCGGCUUGUCAGGGUCGUGUGCUGGUUUUAGGAUCGUGUACUGCUGUCCCUCGUAACUGACCCCGGCGCUAGUCCCCCUGGCAACCCACUGUGUUUUGACGCGAACGCGCACUUUCGAUUCGCAGUCGGAAUUUGAAGUUAGAGUUUAAUUUCUCAGAACGUUCUCUCCAGGAAGAAUUGUACAGUAUCUCAAAGACUUCACUUGACUUCUGGAUCCUUCAUAAAGCCUGAGGAGAAAAGAAAUGGGUCGCUCCAAUUCUAGAUCACAUUCUUCAAGAUCAAAAUCUAGAUCACAGUCUAGUUCUCGAUCAAGAUCAAGAUCACACUCUAGAAAGAAGAGAUACAGUUCUAGGUCCCGUUCCAGGACAUAUUCAAGGUCUCGUAGUAGAGAUCGUAUGUAUUCUAGAGAUUAUCGUCGAGAUUACAGAAAUAAUAGAGGAAUGAGACGACCUUAUGGGUACAGAGGAAGGGGGAGAGGGUAUUAUCAAGGAGGAGGAGGUAGAUAUCAUCGAGGUGGUUAUAGACCUGUCUGGAAUAGAAGGCACUCUAGAAGUCCUAGACGAGGUCGUUCACGUUCCAGGAGUCCAAAAAGAAGAUCUGUUUCUUCUCAAAGAUCCAGAAGCAGAUCUCGCCGUUCAUAUAGAUCCUCUAGGUCUCCAAGGUCAUCCUCUUCUCGUUCUUCAUCCCCAUAUAGCAAAUCUCCUGUCUCUAAAAGACGAGGGUCUCAGGAAAAACAAACCAAAAAAGCUGAAGGGGAACCCCAAGAAGAGAGUCCUUUGAAAAGUAAAACGCAGGAGGAACCGAAAGAUACAUUUGAACAUGACCCAUCUGAAUCUAUUGAUGAGUUUAAUAAAUCAGCCACAUCUGGUGAUAUUUGGCCUGGUCUUUCAGCUUAUGAUAAUAGUCCCAGAUCACCCCAUAGUCCUUCACCUAUUGCUACACCUCCUAGUCAGAGUUCAUCUUGCUCUGAUGCCCCUAUGCUUAGUACAGUCCACUCUGCAAAAAAUACCCCUUCUCAACAUUCACAUUCCAUUCAACAUAGUCCUGAAAGGUCUGGGUCUGGUUCUGUUGGAAAUGGAUCUAGUCGAUAUAGUCCUUCUCAGAAUAGUCCAAUUCAUCACAUCCCUUCACGAAGAAGCCCUGCAAAGACAAUCACACCACAGAAUGCUCCAAGAGAUGAGUCUAGGGGACGUUCCUCAUUUUAUCCUGAUGGUGGAGAUCAGGAAACUGCAAAGACUGGAAAGUUCUUAAAAAGGUUCACAGAUGAAGAGUCUAGAGUAUUCCUGCUUGAUAGGGGUAAUACCAGGGAUAAAGAGGCUCCAAAGGAGAAAGGAUCAGAGAAAGGGAGGGCAGAGGGAGAAUGGGAAGAUCAGGAAGCUCUAGAUUACUUCAGUGAUAAAGAGUCAGGAAAACAAAAGUUUAACGAUUCAGAAGGGGAUGACACAGAGGAGACAGAGGAUUAUAGACAGUUCAGGAAGUCAGUCCUCGCAGACCAGGGUAAAAAUUUUGCUACUGCGUCUCACCGGAAUACUGAGGAGGAAGGACCCAAGUACAAGUCCAAAGUUUCGCUGAAAGGCAGUAGAGAAAGUGAUGGAUUUAGAGAAGAAAAAAAUUAUAAACUUAAAGAGACUGGAUACGUAGUGGAAAGGCCUAGCACUACUAAAGAUAAGCACAAGGAAGAAGACAAAAGUUCUGAAAGAAUAACAGUGAAGAAAGAAACUCAGUCACCUGAGCAGGUAAAAUCUGAAAAGCUCAAAGACCUCUUUGAUUACAGUCCCCCUCUACAUAAGAAUCCAGAUACACGAGAAAAGUCUACCUUCAGAGAGGAGAGCCCACUUAGGAUCAAAAUGAUAGCCAGUGAUUCUCAUCGUCCUGAAGUCAAACUCAAAAUGGCACCUGUUCCUCUUGAUGAUUCUAACAGACCUGCUUCCUUGACUAAAGACAGGCUACUUGCUAGUACACUUGUCCAUUCUGUCAAGAAGGAGCAAGAAUUCCGGUCCAUCUUUGACCACAUUAAGUUGCCACAGGCCAGCAAAAGCACUUCAGAGUCAUUUAUUCAACACGUUGUGUCCUUGGUUCAUCAUGUUAAAGAGCAAUACUUCAAAUCAGCUGCACCGACCCUAAAUGAGCGGUUCACUUCGUAUCAGAAAGCCACUGAAGAACAUAGUACCCGGCAAAAGAGCCCUGAGAUACACAGGAGAAUUGACAUCUCUCCAAGUGCUCUGAGGAAGCAUACUCGUUUAGCAGGGGAAGAGAGAGUUUUCAAAGAAGAAAAUCAAAAGGGAGAUAAAAAAUUAAGGUGUGAUUCCGCUGAUCUUCGGCAUGACAUUGAUCGCCGUAGAAAAGAAAGAAGUAAAGAACGAGGGGAUUCCAAGGGCUCCAGGGAAUCCAGUGGAUCAAGAAAGCAGGACAAAACUCCAAAAGAUUACAAAGAAUACAAAUCUUACAAAGAUGACAGUAAACAUAAAAGUAGAGAGCAAGAUCAUUCUCGAUCUUCAUCCUCUUCAGCAUCACCUUCUUCUCCCAGUUCUCGAGAAGAAAAGGAGAGUAAGAAGGAAAGAGAAGAAGAAUUUAAAACUCACCAUGAACUAAAAGAGUACUCGGGCUUUGCCGGGGUUAGCCGACCACGAGGAACCUUUUUUCGAAUUAGAGGCAGAGGAAGAGCCAGAGGAGUUUUUGCUGGGACAAAUCCUGGUCCAAACAACUCAAAUACUACUUUUCAAAAGAGACCGAAGGAAGAGGAAUGGGAUCCAGAAUAUACCCCAAAGAGCAAGAAGUACUUCUUGCAUGAUGACAGAGAUGAUGGUGUGGAUUAUUGGGCCAAAAGAGGAAGAGGUCGUGGUACUUUUCAACGUGGCAGAGGGCGCUUUAACUUCAAAAAAUCAGGUAGCAGUCCAAAAUGGACUCAUGACAAAUACCAAGGGGAUGGGAUUGUUGAAGAUGAAGAAGAGACCAUGGAAAAUAAUGAAGAAAAGAAGGACAGACGCAAAGAAGAAAAGGAAUAGUGAAUUUGAAAUAAGAUUGGAACAGAGAGCAGAACUUGCACCCACCAUUUUUUUUUUACCUGAUUUUUGUUUUCAAAUAAGAAUGUAAGCAUUUUACUUAAAUUUUACUGUUUGCAAGUAGUCCAUAGAAAUUUUGUUUUAAGUCUUCAAAUAUCUUGAAAAAUAGUAGACUGUAUGUUGAAAAUUGUACUGAAAUAAAGUAGAAAAUUGUUACGUAUCAUAUUUGUAACUAUCAACUUUUAAAAAAAAACUUUUACUGUUUUUGUUACAUGCAUUGUAAUUCUGCUUUGUGUAUAAGAUAUGGUCAAGUACAGCUCUGUGAAAGUUCUGAUUCUCUUCCCUCCCUGUUUGUUAAUGUUUUAUUCUGAAGUGAACGUUAGCUCUACAUAAAAAUCCCCAAACAGAAAUUGUUUAUAGAGACCACAUUAAUUAUUUUAACUGUAUACAUUUGUUUAACAUUCUCUUUAAUUCGAACACACUACAUUGUAGGGUGACUAAUUUUUGAAGUAUACCACAGACAGAAUUGUUACUUUGGUAAACUAAGCUAGUUCAGCACUUCAGCAAAUGUUUAAGAAGGAAAAAAGCUUGUCCAAUAGCUGAAAAGUACAAGCUUUUAAAAGAUAGUUUGAAAAGUUUGAGAAAAUGUUAUUUUUACUGAAAACAAACAGUGGCCUACAAUAAACAUUCUUAGGAACCUUUCCUAUUUGGGUUCAAAGUUCAGUGUUCUCUUUCUAUUCUUAUUUGAGAGUUUGAGUCAUGGUGUCAGAUAUCAGCUACUUGAGAGAGGAAACAGGUUUGUAAUAAUACUGAAAAUAAAAACCCCAUUCCCACCAAAUGUGUUAGUAUUAAAAUAAAACCUGUAAUCCUGGAUUAUCCUGCAGAAUAAUUUAACACAUUAGUACCUGAUUUCAUAUCUUACAUAUUUAUUUGAGCUUUUGGACAGCUGAAACAUUAUUUUGUAGUGUAGCCAUAAGAAAAAAUAGGCAAACACAACAUAUACUGUUCAUUAGUAGUAUUUUGAAUAACUUGUUUUUCAAAUGUCACCAAUAAAAAGUUUUGGCAGGAGCUUGUUGCAGCAUUGAUCUAACUUGUUUAGUUGCAGUUUGUAAAAUGGCUUUUUCUUUUUCUUCCCAAGGUUUCUAUUCUUUAGGUAGAAAAUCUUUUCAAAUGUGAAUUAGUUUUUUGUGUUGAUAAUUCUUACAGGUAUGAAAAUCUGAAGUAGUAAAUUUCAGUGUUAAGUCUGUCUGCUUUAUGAGCAUAUAUAAAACUACUCACAUUUCACUUGUUAAUUCAGCACCUGAAUUAGUUGUGUAUAUUUGCUUUAAAAGGAGAUAAUUUUUGUUUGAUUAAUGUAAACUUUAAAGAUCUAAAGCCUGUGGCUCUUUCAUCCUCACCUGAUGAUUUGCAGUGCAUCUAACACCUCGAUUCCAGCCAGGGGCACACUUGGUAAGAGCUGUUGGAAACAAAACUAAACAAAACCCAAACUCAGUAUGUGUGAUGUUUAUUGCCCUAAGAUCCUCAGUGUACUGCAUGAUUUCUUCCAUUAGUUUUGUCCUUCUGAAAUUGUCUAUUAAAGCAGAGGAUAUACCUGCCAAAGCAAGUACGAAUUUUAUGUGUUGAAUUAAUCAGGACAUAACUAAUAUUCUCCUAUUCAGAAUAAUACUUCCUUACAUGUUAUAGCAACAUGGAUUUGAUCCCCAGUACAGAAUUUUUAUGAUCAUUUUAUUUUAUGCAAAUAAAUAUAGCUUUUAUUUAAAGUUAUUAUUUGGUUAGACACCGUCUCUGUGCAUGACUAUAAAUGUGCAGUUUUGCUUAUCCACUUAAGACAGUAGGAAAAAGGAGAUUUGCUGAGAAAUUAUUUAAUAGGGAGUGGGAAUAAAGGUACUUAAAUCCUGUGGUUAGGUUAUAUUUUCCAUGCAAAGUCAUUGCUUUAACCUUUGGUUACUUUUCUCUUAAAAUUGAGGAAAGAGUAUCCUACCAGAAUAUAGUAGGACAGGGUGAUUGUGAGAACUCUGCAGUAGAAUGCCAUUGUGGAUGUUAUCUUUUUCAGAGCCAAGCAUAUAAAAAGUAGCCUGUGUGUAUUUUUUUCAAACUACAGUUUAACUUCACACUUUAUGACAUGUUAUAAAAUCUGAACAGUUCCUCUUGGUAAGGAUAUUUGUUUACAAGUGCUGGGAAAUAACUCUUCAAUACCACAUUAACAGACUUUGUUUUACCUAGAGAAGGGAAAUAAAAAUAAACCAAAGGAUAUUUACAGAAAGGAUUGAGAAAGCUGUUUAAGGAGGCCAUGACUCAGUUCUUAGGUGUGUAUGCCUUUCAACAUCUUUAGUAAUUUUGCAAUUUACUUCAAGGGAUUACUGUUGUUCCCUUUUGUCACAGUUAAAAUCAGUGUUGGGAAUUAAAUUAUAAUUUGAGAAAAAAAUAUUCCCCAAUAAGAAUGAAUGUAGAUGGCUAAACGAUUCUUACUCAGUGUGAUGUAUAAUGCAACAGGGACCCUUGUAAAUUGUCAUAUGCUAAUAAAAUGUCAUAAGUGGUUAAUA